AUGGCCAACAAUACAAACAAUAUAAGAUCUAGUACAAUAACAACGACGAAUAAUCAAUCUAAUAAUAGCCCUUUGCUAUCGAGCGGGGUUCAUUCAAUUCAACGUAAUAAUCGAGAUCUUCUUCAUCCAAAAAAAUUAGCAUUUUCACCAAAAUUGAGUGGUCUUGGAACAACACAAGAUAGCAGUCUGUCAUCAGAUUCGUAUAGUAUCAAUCGACAAGGUUCAGCUGAGUCCAAUUAUAGUCAACAAUCAUCAGAAAGUUUUGAUGGAGAUUCAUCUGAUGUAACUAAAACAGCUGCUACAACUACAAAUAGUUUAUCACCUCCAACUAAACUCCGUGAUCAAACACGUUCAGCAAAUGAAGCAUUGGAACGAUGUAAAACAAAACCAGUUGCAUUUGCUGUACGAACAAAUAUUGAUUAUGUACCAUCACCUGAUGAUCUUUGUCCUAUUGCUAAAGCAGCUAUUACAUUUAAAACAAAAGAAUUUCUUCAUAUAAAAGAUAAAUUUAAUAAUGAUUGGUGGAUUGGUCGAUUAGUUAAAGUUGAUGCAUCACUUGGUUUUAUACCAAGUCCAGCUAAAUUAGAAAUGAUACGUAUACAAUCAAAUCGUAAAAGUAAAAAUCAUCCAAUACCACUUGCAAAUACAACACCACGUAUGAAAGGAUCAACACAAAGUCUUGAUAUGAUUGAUCAAAAUGUUCCUACAUUUAAUGAUGAAAUGUUUGGUAAUGAUGGUGAUGGUGAUAAUAAUAGUCUUACGAAAUCAAAAUUAAAUACAAAUGCAAACAAAGAUAGAAAGAAAAAUUUUUUCAAAAAGAGUGUAAACAUUACACCAUAUGAUGUUGUACCAAAUAUGCGUCCCGUUGUAUUAGUUGGUCCUUCAUUAAAAGGAUAUGAUGUUACAGAUAUGAUGCAAAAAGCUGUUUUUGAUUUUUUAAAACAUCGUUAUGAAGGUCGUAUUAUAAUAACACGUGUUACAGCUGAUAUAUCUCUUGCUAAACGUGGUCUUUUAAAUAAUCCAUCAAAAAUUGCACUUAUUGAACGUACUAGUUCAAAUACUGGUGGUGAUAAUUCAUCAUCAACAGCACCUGGUUUCGGUUCAAUCAAUGCAACACGUGCAAAUGGUAUAAAAGAAGUUCAUGAUGAAAUUGAACGUAUAUUUGAAUUAGCACGAAGUUUACAAUUAGUUGUACUUGAUUGUGAUACAAUAAAUCAUCCAGCUCAAUUACAAAAAACAUCUUUAGCACCAAUAAUUAUUUAUUUAAAAGUUUCAUCACCAAAAGUUUUACAAAAAUUAAUUAAAUCACGUGGAAAAAGUCAACAUAGAAAUUUAAAUGUACAAUUAGUUGCUGCUGAUAAAUUAACACAAUGUCCAACUGAAAUGUUUGAUUUAAUAUUAGAACAAAAUCAAUUAGAAGAUGCUUGUAAUAGUUUAGCAACAUUUUUGGAUUCAUAUUGGAAUGCAACACAUCCGAAAUUAGAUGAAAAAAAUGAUUUAACUAAUGAUUCAACAUAUGUUCCACCACGUCCAACAGCUUCACUUAUUGCUCAUAUACCACAAAUAAGUCCUCCAGGAUCUGUACCAGUUGUUACAACAACGGCACGUCUCCUUCCAUCAUCACCAUUAAUUAAUGAUAUAACACAAUCACAAUUAUCUGUUAAUCGUUAUGGAACUGCAAGUAUUGCAGGAAAUUCAAAUCAACGUUUACCAUUAUCAUCGAAUUCGGAUUAUUAUAGACAAACAUCAACAUCACAAGUGACAUCUCCUGCAUCUACUUAUGAUGACGAAAGAUUUGCCCAUUAUGAAAUGGCUAAUUUUCGGUAA